AUGGCUGGACCUUGUAACUGCAUUGCAACAAACGUGUGUAUCUGUGGUACCGGAUGCAGCAAGAAAUGUUGUCGAUGUGGAGACCUCUGCAAAUGUGCAGGACUUAAUGGAUGCGCAUGUUCCGGAUGUACAGUCGUUUGCAGAUGUUCAGGUACCUGUGAAUGUGGAUGUGAUUGCACUGGUCCGACAGACUGCAAUUGUGAAUCUGGGUGCUCCUGCAAUUGA